AUGAUGAACGCCUUCUCCCGUCAGGCCGUCAACGCGGCUCGCACCGCCGCCCGCGCCCCGGCCCGCAACAUCUCCACCUCCAGCACCGGCAGCUUCUCCAAGCCCGCCCCUGGUGCCGCCAACAAGGGCAGCAUGCCCAAGAAGCCCUCCGACAGCGGCUCUCUGCCCCACUCCAAGACCCCGGGCACCGGCCACAUGCCCAACAAGCCCAUGGGCAGCUCUCAGACCGGCCCCACCCGCGGCCCGCAGAGCAAGAACCUCUACGAGACCCCCUUCCAGAAGAAUGGCUCGCGCUUCUACUCCACCUCCACCACCCGGUCGCUUGUGUCCGGGGGCAUGACGUACCGCGGGAGCCACGGCGAGCAGCACCACGGCAGCCACCACCACCACCACCACCAGGGCGGCAGCGGCAGCGGCCGCGGCAUGCGCCACGGCGCGGCCUCGGUGGACAUCGUCCGGCCGCUGUCGACCAUGGCCAGCCGGCCGACGACCGGCCACGACGAUGACAUGGCCGGCGGCACCGACCGGAGCCGGCUCUACCAAACCCGGCGUCUGGAGGAGGAGCAGCGCCGCAACACCAUGCACGAGCAGCAGGUCUGGAGCCACUACGACCUGAUGCGCCGGGACAAUGAGCGCGCGGCGGAGAGCGCGCGCGGGGCCCUGCGCGGGACCAGCAGCAUGCCGGCCACCCCGCGGCCGUCCGCCUCGCCGGCCUCCGGCAGCCCGAUGUUCGGCGGCCACCGGCGCAUGGUGGACACCGGCAAGGGCAGCACCGGCGCCGGGGACUUCCGGGCCCCGGACUACGGGACCCCGCGGAACUUCUACGGCACCCACGAGGGGGGCCGGCCGCGCGACGCCGGCGAGUACAUCGAGGUGGAGGACCCGCGCCACGACGCGCCCACCGACUUCGAGGCCGAGCGCCACGAUGGGCACUACUAUGGGCCGCCGACGCCGCGGGCCGGCGAGCGCCUGGCCGGGCGGUUCUCCCGCCGCCAGCACUUCGACCAUGAUGACGGCGAGCAUGCCGGCAGCGGGGGCGGUGGCAUGCGCCACGGCGGCCGCCACCACCAUGGUGGCGACAGCUGGCGCCAGUCGGCCGACCAUCGGCGCCGGGCCGCCGGCAGCGGGUCCUACUACGAGGACGACGAGCCCCGGGGAGGGUAUGCCUCGUCGCCGCGCGAUCGCAGCUUCGGCCAGCAGGUGGAGGACUUCGAGCGGUCGUGGCGUGCCGGGGCCCGGCUGUCCGGCCGCGGUGGGGCCAGCGCCAGCGCCGGCGGCAUGGUGGACCAGCUGAUGCAGGAGGGCGGUCGUGCCCUCGGCGAGCUGGCCAAGUCCCCCCGUGGGGAGCUCAUGCGCCGGGAUGCCACCAGCGCCAUGCGCGAGGGCCAGAAGACCCUGGAGGCGGUGUCCUCCGGGGACCUGGCCGGCGGGGCCAUGCACGCCAUCAAUGCGCUGAAGCGCGGCCGCCGGUCCAUUCGCCAGGCCGGCGACGAGGUGGCCGACCGGCUGGCGGACGCCGGCGAGCGCCUGGCCCAGACCGAUGGCGCCCGCCGGGCCAGCGACGCCCUGACUCGCGGGGCCUCGCGUGCCUUCGACCACAUCCGCCAUGGGGACCUGUCGGGGGCCUUGAAUGAGGCCGGCCGCGCGGCCGGCCAGAUGGCCGAGGGCCUGACCAGCGCCCUGUCCUCGACGGCCAUGCCGCAUGAUGAUGCUGACAAGCGGCGCAUGAUGAUGCGCGAGGAGGAGGGCGGCCGCGAGCGCCAGCGCGACAGCCACUACGGCCACCGCCAGCAUGAUGAUGAUGACGACGACCGGGACUUCGCCCGGCACCAUGAGGACGAUCGCCACUUCGAGGGCCCCGACGGCCGGGCCUCGCGCCGCCGCCACUCCUCCCACCACUACUACCGCCACCACGAGGACGACACCGGCCCCGGCGGCAGCAUGCUGGACUCCUUCGAUGGCCAGCGCCUGCGCCAGCAGCUGGACCAUGCCCUGGAGGAGGGCGAGCGCAUGGGCCGCGGCAUGGCCCGGUCGGCGUCGCGGUACCUGGGCGACCUGGCCGACAGUGAGUACCCCUCGGCCCGGCGUCUGGCCGAGCGCGUGGAGCACGGGGCCGAGCGCCUGGUCGACGGGGCGGCCGAGAUGUCGGAGCGCGCGGCCGGGGCCGCCCGGCGCUGGGCCGAGCGCAUGGGCGACGAGGCCCAGGAGUACUUCGACCGGCACCCGGUGCGCGGGGAGGAGGGCGGCCACCGCGAGCAUGCCAUGGCCCAGCGCCGGGCCGGGCCGCGUUACACCUACGAGGAUGCCGACAGCGAAUUCACCAAUGACCGUCGGAUGAUGGACGCCGAUCGCCGGCACCACCAGCGGGCCGGGUUCAGCCAGCUGGACGGCCGCCGGACUUCCUUCGCGCCGCACCACGCCGACCACGACUCCGAGUACUCGACGUCCCUGUCCGGCGAGUCGGGUUUUCGCCGGGGCGCCGGCCCCAUGGCCGGCGCUAAUCGCCGCUUCGCCGACGAGCAGGUCGGCGACUUUGAGGGGGACUCCGGCUUCGAUCACCACCGUCGCCGGGAGGCCUUUCGCCACUUCGAGGACGAGCAGCAGCACUACCACCGGCGGCAGCUGCACGAUGACGACCGCGAUGCCGACGACUGGCAGAUGAUGAAGAUGACCGAGGGCAACCGCCGGAAGUACUUGGAUGAGCACCGCCGCAUGGAUGAGGAUGGGGGCUUCCACGCGUCGCCGGAUGCCGCCGGCGGCGACCGGCACCUGCUGCACCAGCAGCGGCGCGACCGCGGCAUGGCCGACCACCGGUACCGCCAUGAUGCCGCUGCUGAUGGGCGCGACGCCACGGCGGCGGCCAGCCACGGCGCGGACAAGCCCGGCGUCAUGGCCAGCGUGCUGACCUCCCUCAAGGAGGCCUUCACCGGGCAGGCCACCCCGGCGGCGGAUGCCGCCCACCAGGCGGCCAAUGCGGUGCGGCCGGCCGCCGAGGCGGUCAAGGACUCGGCCGAGUCGCUGGCCGACGGGGCCCGCCGGGCCCUCUCCGACACGGCCCAGUCGCUGGCCGACAAGGCGGACGUGGCGCGCGCCGUGCUCAAGCACGAGGUGCACAGCAUCCAGCGCGACUUGUCCUCCGGCCGGAAGGACAUCGGCCAGGUGGCCGGCGAGGUGGCCGACAAGAUGGGCACCGUGGUGGGCAAGGCGGUGCAGGCCGGCCGCGAGGCCUUCGACGAGGCCCGCCACCAGCUGGUCGACGGGGCCAAGACCGACCGCGAUGGGGGGCCCCCCGGCGGGGCCUUCUCGCGCCAGCACCACCACCAUGACCACCACCAUGAGCGCCGCGAGGGGGACCACCAUUACAACCGGUAUGACACCCUGGAGGGCGACAUGGACCCCGAGGACCUGGCCGCCCGGAAGAAGCUCAUCGACCCGGCGGUCAUCGGCAAGCCCGGGCUCAGCGCCAUGGACCGGACGUCCGCCAAGCGGACCGCCUCGCCGGAGUGCGCCAAGUACGCCCGGCCCAAGCGCCUGCCGCUGGGGCCGCUGGACGAGCUGAUCCACGGCGGCGUGCGGCCGCAGUCCCAGGACCCGACCGACACCGGGUCCUGGAGCAUGGCCGAGGUCAACCGCCGGAUGGAGGCCGGCCAGAACCACAUCGCCGCCAACCCGAAGGCCGUGCCGAAUGAGCACCUGGCCAAUGCCACGCCCAUUUGGGCGCAGCGCACCCGCGCGGUGGACCACCUGCCGCGCAUUGCCCAGGCCGUGGUCGACAUGGCCAGCAGCCUGACCGCCGGCAGCGACCCGAAGCGCAUCAACCGCGAGUGGGUGGAGAACCGCGCGGAAACCGACAAGCUGGAGAGCGAGCGCAAGGCCCGCGAGGCGGAGAAGGCCAGCGCCGAGGCCCUGGCGGGGCGGAAGAAGGCCGACGACGCCUCCUCGGCGGCGGCCACCGACCGCCAGCAGCGCCAAGCCGAUGAUGGCAAGGCCCGCAGCGAGUCGUCCGGCUACUCCUCGGCCCCGAGGCCGGAGUCGCACCAUGCCGACGCGCAGCAGCGCGCGGCCUUCAGCCUGGGCGCCGGCCGCGCCAGCAGCAGCCCGCCCAACCCGGCGGCCGACGGCGGGGCCAGCAUCUUCGGCGCCCACCCGAUGUCGGUGGACCACCACAUCCGGUCCAAGUCCUCCACCGGCGCCGAGGCCCAGGAGGGGCGCUUCAUGUCCGAGGGCCAGCGCAAGGCCGGCGGCAUGCUGACCGGCUUCUGGCCGUGGGCCUCCAAUGCCCGGCCCAUGGCCGGCCACGCGGUGGACGCCGCCAGCUCCACCGACCGCCACUCCGCGGCCCACCACUACGAGACGGAGAUGGCCGACGCCGCGGCCCCCGGGUACCAGGCCUCCGGCCGGUCCACCUCGCCGGCGGCCGCCGGCGGCCAAACGCACCAGCACUACCGCCGGCCGGAGCUGCACUCCUCCUCGACCGGGUCCACCCGGGCGGCGUCCCCCUCCUCCAGCCGGACAUCCAUGGCCGGCGGCCAGCACGAGGACAUGAGCAGCAGCAGCCGCCGCCGCGACCGCAGCAGCAGCAGCAGCAGCAGCAGCAGCAGGUACAGUGAGCGCUAUACGGGGGAGGGAAUCAUCACGCCCUGGGUGUCGUCCUCCUUCAUGGGCAGCCCGCUCUCCUCGCCCGGGGAGUUUGGCAGCGCCCAGGACUGGAACACCAUCAGCACCCUGAGCAUCGGCAAGGAUGGCGUCGUCAAUCAGGAGGACGUGAGCCGGCUGUACCCGCCGGCCGGGGUGGGCCCCAACGCCGGCGGGAGUUCCCCCGGCCCGGAGGUCUUCGCCGACCGGGCGCCCGGCGGGCAGUUGUGGUCGGCGCCGCUGGGCGGCCGGGCGAUGGCGCGGGGUCGGCGCGGCACCGCCGCCGCCGCCGGCCGCCGGUCGUCGUCCCCCUCGUCGCCGCGCAAGAACUUGGCCACGCCGCAUGGGGCAGCGGCGCCGCUGCCCGGCGACCAGUCCGACACCGGGCAAAAGCGCAACCUGCUGAACAACUACUUCCGGCCGUUGAGCUCGGCCGAGCGCCAGGCCGCCAAGGCGGUGGCCGGGGACUUCGACAGCGACCGCGUGGCCCGGCAUGCGGACAGCCGCAAUGCCCGGUUCACGGUGACCCCGCACAGCAGCACGGCCACCGAGCUGGCCCGGGCGUCCGAGUAUGACGGCCGGGCGCACCGCCGUGCCGAGAAGCUGACGCACUCCGCCGACUCGGCCCUUCGGGCCAGUGUCAGCGGCCUGUCCCCGCGCCAGGAUUCCGACUCCAUGGCCGAGUUCCAGCAGGGCCGGGCCGACCUGUCCGCGCAGUACACCGGCGAUCCGCAGUACCAGCAGCAGCAGCAGCCGCCGCCCCGGCCGACGGCGUCCAGCCACAUCCGGCAGCACCACCAGCGCGAGGGGUUCCGCAUGCCGGAGCGCCAUGGCCGCUCGGGUGCCGACACCUCGGCCGAGGAGAUGCCCUACCGCCGCCUCCACCCUCCCAGCACCCCCGGCGAGUGGCAGGAGGACACCUACCGCCGGCUGGCGGAUGAGUGGACCCACACCGAGCGCCAGUUCGGGGCCAAGGCGGACCGCCGGCAGGGCAGCGACUCCGGUGGCUGGAUGAAGCCCGACGACUACUCCUACGAUGACCUGCGCUUCAGCGAGACCGUGCGCGCGCGCGAGAACACCAUCCCCCUGCGGCCCGAUGAGCGUCGCAUGUGA